CAUUACAAAUUGUAAAUGUCAUAUAGGAAAAGUUGCGUGGUUUUUCCGUCAUUGACCGCUAACCCCUUGUCCAAGUUGGAAUCUGCAAAAUCAGACCUAAAAACUACAAAUCCAUUAUUCUUUUUGACCUUUACAAAUUACAAUCAUCUGAAAACCCUCUCUAAACCCUCAGCCGCCGCUAUGGGAACGCCGGAGACUUCAAGGGAACCAUGUCCCGAUCGGAUCCUAGACGACGUCGGCGGCGCGUUCGGCAUGGGCGCUGUGGGCGGCUCCGCCUUCCACUUCGUUAAAGGCCUCUACAACUCUCCCAACGGCGCCCGGAUGAUCGGCGCCACCCAAGCCGUCCGGAUGAACGCGCCCAGGAUCGGCGGCAGUUUCGCCGUCUGGGGCGGCCUCUUCUCCGUCUUCGACUGCUCCAUGGUCUACGUCCGCCAGAAGGAGGAUCCGUGGAACUCGAUCAUCGCUGGAGCCGCCACAGGCGGCGUCCUCUCCCUGCGCCAGGGCCUCCGCGCCUCCGGGCGAUCCGCCGCCUUCGGAGGCGUCCUCUUGGCUCUCAUCGAAGGCGCCGGUAUCAUGCUGAACAAACUCACGAGUGUUCCGCAGGACGCUCCGAUCUACGUCGAUGACCCUAUGGCACCCCCAGGUGGGGUCCAGCUGCCGAACGCCACCCAGGCGCCGCCGGAGUCUUCCUCGACCGCACCGUCGUGGUUCGGAGGAUUGUUCGGAGGAAACAAAGAGGAAGAUAAGAAGAGCAGCGGCGUGAAGACGGAGAUUCUGGAGAGCUUUGAUUCGCCCAUCCCACCAACAUUCGAGUUAAAGUGAAAUUCCCUUCAAAAAUUUUAGUUUUUGUUGUAGAACAAUUGAAAUUAGUUUUAUUAUGAGAAUAUUUGGGGGUUGGUCUGAAGAAUCAGAUUCAAGGCUUUAGUAGAACAGUAGCAAAUGUAUGUUGUCUUUCCCAUCAACAAUAUAUGAAUUUUUGCAAUUUUCAAACA